AUGGAGCAGCCAGCUGGCCCUCUGAACGCAUCUGGCAGCUCUUCUUCUGCACCUAAAGCCCCUCUUGCCUCUUCCAAAAUUGGAGUCCAACUGUCUGAGUUAUCUGAUGUCUCAGGGAUGAUGGAAGGAUCUGACUCGAAUGAUGGAACAAUAGCCCAAGCAUGUCAGAAUGCGCAAGAGCACCUCCAUAGUGGGCUGUGGAAGCUAAGAGGCAAGUCUUGCCCUAUGUUAGAUAAAAGGACCCUUGACACGUGGCACGGGGAUCAUGCAGUGGCGCAAGGCUGUUCCCUUGCGCACAGCAUGGUAAAAACCUCGGGGACAAAGCAUGCGGAUUUUUUCAAUUUCAUUGGUGACCAGAUUGAAUUAUCUAUCCCCAUUGACUUGGUUUCUCCGGCUGCCUUGAUCUGCUUCCCAGUGGCUAUUACUUUGAAGCUUCCCAUGUCAGAUUAUGCUGUUAAAUAUGUUGAGAAGCUGAUUCCACGAUUUCAGAUUGAUGUAUAUGUUGCAGCCUUGUUGCAGCUUCUCAAACCCAAGGACAACAACUUGAAUCUGGAAAAUUCCAUCAAACCAAUUGCAACCGCUCGAUUGAACUUCGAUCUGGUGUGCCAGGAUCUGAAACCAUUCUCGAGUAACUCUGCCAACAUCCACGCCCUCCUCAUCAUAGAAGCACAUGCUAAGUACUGGAAAUUAUCCUCGAAUACUCUGGCUCAGCAUAUGUUCAGCUCAUCCAGUGUCUGGAUCCGAAGGGCGCUGACUCCUGAGUGCCCCAUGCGAAUGCAGAUCAACGAUAAGCUGGAAGAAUUGGAAUUACGCAAGGUAGCCUCCCAGGCGCCAACUCAAAAGGAAAUGCCUCAUCUCGAACCGAUGCUCAAGGGUCAUAAGAAAUCGUUUCAAUUCCCGACUUCAAAGUUCAAAGGCUUUAGGGAAAGCAGCAGAUUGAGGCUUUGGAAUGGCAGAUCUGGAGCCGCGAGACGGUCUUCAGGCUUUUUCGACCGCAAUGAAAGGGCAACAUCCACAGAGGAUGAAGGGCGGGAGUUUUUGCUUCCACGAGGGGCGGGCGACGACGAUGAUCGCGAUCAAAACAACUCCGAGUACGCUGCUCACGGCCCUCUGGGUAAACAUUCUACGACGGCGAUGAGCCCAGAACGUGUACGAGGGAUGGAUGGGUAA